UAAAAAGGAUUUUUUUCUUUUUUGAGUUGCUAACUUGCUAUUAGAAUUGCAUACCAUGAAUUAGUACAUGCUGUUAUCCACGCAGCACUUCACGGAAGCUUCGUACCUGCUGCCUGCCUGCCGAGACAGCAGUGCAGUGGUGUGUGUGUGUCUCGUCCAGUGUCAACCGCCACGGAUCACACGAACUGAGGACGCACCCAGCCCCGAUUUCCACUCUUUUUCUCGAGCCCGCACCGCAUCCGCCACGGCUUUUCUUUAGAGUUUCCGGGGGAUUUUCCAGCCGCCGUCAGCUAUCCCUCUCGCAGCCGCAAGGCCAAGUACUUGGCGGAAGCAGACGGGCACCUUCCUGCGCGCUGCCAGGACAGGACGACGAGCCGAGCCGCAAGGCCAAGUACCGUCGCGGGUCGUAUACAUAAAGUUCGCCUCCACUAUCCCUGCUACCAUCUAUCCAACCGCACCCCAGCGCAUCGCAACUCGAUCGUCGGAGCAAGCAAGUUAAGCUAGCACCCUUCCUUCCUUCCUUCCUUCGCGAGGCAGCCGGCAGGGCUAGUAUCAAGCUCGAUCAACCAACCGAUACAUAUGGCUGAGAGGACAAGCGCGAUGGCGGCGCCGCGGCCGCUCCUGCGCCGGAUGCUCUCGUUCCGGGAGCCACUCCUGCUCCUCCCGUGCUUGCUCAGCGUCCUGGGCGCCGCGGCCUCGGCGCUGGCCCGCAGCCACGCGUCGCUGCUGCACUCGCUGGCCAGAUCGCUCGUCCGGCCCGCGCCCGCAGCCGUCAACGACAACAUGAAGCACGCCGCCGCGCACGCGCCGUCGUCCGCCGCCGCCGCCGCAACGCGCCCGGACGACGGCGAGGACGCCGUCGCGGCGCUGAGCAAGGCGGAGGUGGAGGCGGUCAUGGCGGCGAUCGGGCUGGCGGCGUCCGGGCGCGGCGAGGGCCUGGCUGCCGCCGUGGGCCGCGGCGACGUCGCCGGGCUCUUCGACGCCGACGAGCCCAGCUUCGCGGAGGUGCGGGGCGCCUUCGCGGUGUUCGACGCCGACCGCGACGGAUUCAUCGGCGCCGAGGACCUGCGCGCCGCCCUGGCGCGCCUGGGCGUGCGGCAGGACGCCGCCGCGUGCCGCGCCAUGGUCGUCGCGGCCGGCGGCGGCCGCGACGCCCGGAUGAGCCUGUUCCAGUUCGUCGCGUUCCUCGAGAACGGCCUGUGCUGAGGAGAGAGAUGACUGACUGUCCCUUCACUUAUUUUUUUUCGUCGCCUCGGCUGCUCGUGGCAGGAGAUGAGAGAGUGUAGUGUUCAGGGGUGUUUGUUGGUCCGGUCGUCUGUGUUUUUUCCCCUCCUCCUGCCAUGAGUUAGUUUGGGGCGUGGAUGGUGGUGCACUGUGCAGCAAUUAUAACGCACUAAUUGACAAGUUAGGAGCAAUCAGUUAGCGGAACUGAUUUUCACCAGUUGCAACGAUCUCACCUUGCUCA